GUAUGGGGCCGGCUGAGGCCCGGCUAGGACCGGCGCCGGUCCCUCUCACCGCCCUCCUCCCUUUAGUUCCGUCGUCCUCAACAACCCACAGCCGAAUUUGCCGCCCCACUUUCAAAAUUAUAUCCGUUAUUCAAAGGAUACUUUAAUAAAAAAAAAUUACCUUUUUCACUUUAAAUAUUUAUCAACUUCAUCCAUUUUUUUAUAUCAUUCACAUCCAUUUCUCCCAAUCUUCUCCUACUAUCAUCCAUUUUUAUAAAAAACACUCCCAUUUUUUUUUACCAUCAUGAAUCCAUUCAACCCAAACGACCCCAACCCGAACAAUCCUAACUUUUUUUCGAGUCCCGCUUACACUCCGACUAUGGAUCCUUCGUGGGGGUCUCCACCAUUUACAUUUUCGGGUUUCCAACAAUCACCUAACGCCUUCAAUCAAAUGUCCCAACUUCAACAAAUGCAACAAUACCAAGCAUACCAACAAUACAUGCAACGCAACUCGGUUCAACUUGAUCAAUUCCAAUCGCAACCGCCAACUUCGCAACCGCAACCCUCGGUUCAACUUGACGAUGAUGAUGAAGUCGUCCCCGAAUCGCCACCUAAAGAACUCAAGCGCAAAAAAAAAAACAGGGGGAAGGGGAAGGCCGUUGAAACCGAAUCCGACACCGCAAAAAAAAAACGGUUCGAGAGCAAAGGCGAGAACGUGGACAAAAGUAGAGGAGGAGGCGCUAGCAAUAGCGUAUCUUAAGGCCUCAACUUGCCCGAUUGUCGGAAACAAUCAAACGGGUUCUGGUUUUUGGAAGGCAUGUACGGAUAGAUUUAAUCACCAUGUGGGGGAAGGUGCGGCCUGUGAUCUCGAUUCCGUAUCGGGGAAGUGGUGGAAAAUGAACAAGUGCGUGAAUGAUUUUAUUGGGAUUUAUAACCCACUUUACAUCAAUCGUCCUAGUGGGAGUAGCGACGAAGACGUUCUUAACCUUGCGAUGGCUAAAUGGGAAACAAAAAAUCCGCCUUUCCCGCACCUCCGAGCAUGGAACGUUUUAAAGAAAGAACCUAAAUGGGCGCCGAUUCCAAAUGAGGUUGCAACCGCCAAACGGACUAAAACUUCCGAGUCCGGAAGUUAUAGUGCGGGAGGCUCCACCGCUCGUUGUCAAAUCGACAUAAACGACGAACCGGAAUAUGACGAGGAGCCCGUUCACGGGAUCGAAUGUCCCGGCGGAAGGGACAAAGCAAAAAAAGAGGCGGCCGCAAAGCGCAAAGGGGUCGGCUCGAGUGGAGGGGGCGGCUCAGGUGGAGGUGGCGGCUCGAAGGCGUCUUCGAAAAUGGACGAGUUAAUUUCCGAAUUCCGUUCAUUUAAAGACUUUGCGGCCAAAAAAUAUAGUCAUAAGAAAAACGUGUCGGCCGACUAUGCUCGAGCGGAGGAUUUUAGGAUAAUGAGGUUGGAUCUCGACUCGGUUCCGGAGGAUGAACGAGAGGUGUAUCGUAGGAUGAAGGAAGAGGUGAAGAAAAAAUGGACGUCGUAGGUUUUUUUUUUUAGGAAAUGUAAUUUUUUUUUAUUUUUCGGAAAUGUU